UGUCUGUCUCUCACUCGCUCGCUCUCUUCAGCUGAGGAGGGAGUGUACACGGGCGAGAGACACUAAAACAGGGCAGCCGCAUUCUGUCAGACGGACGGACGGACAGAGGACAGAAUGCUGGGCCCGUUGUGUCUGUUGUGCGUUACUGCCUGCAGCGUGCUGAACGCUAAGUCCCUCCCAGCAGCGCGUCCAGGGGGGCGUGGCUUGGAGGGCCAGGGGGCGUCGGCCAGGCGACUCCGUAGAGACUUGCGGGACCUGCUGCCAAACGAAGCAGAGAUGAUGUCAUAUCCUGUGCAGCGAGGAGACGCUGACUACCAGCAAACUGAGUGGAGGAGGAGCUUAGAUGACGCCCUGCAGCGAUUGGUGGAGAGCAACCAGAGGAGGGAACAAGAGCAGGAAGGAGCUGCCUACAUGGCCGCUAUGCUCCGCCUCAUGUCAGAGGCAGAAGGUGCGGGAUUGGUCAACCCAGGAGACAUGGACGUGAUGGACGUGGUGGAGGAGGAGGAGGAGGAGGGGGGGGGGGCCCUUCCAGCGCCUGGCAACCCAGGACUAGCUGCUAGCUGGGCCCUGCUGGAGAGAAUGGACCCUCGCCUGGCCAGGACUUUGCUGGAGCGGUCCAGACAGAACCAGCUGGACCAGCGAGACCCCAGACCCAGACCGCCGUCCCCCCGGGGGGGCGACCCGGACCUGCUGAGAUACCUGGUUGCUAGGAUACUGGGCAGUAUGGCCCCUGCAAAGUCCCGCUCCAGACGGGACGUCGCGGCACCAAGACCUGUCAGCCCCGCCCACACCAGGUCCCGCCGUUCCCUUGACAACGCGUCUCCCCCGUUGCCUAGCAGCGACUCCCCCCUGCUCAGGGUGAAGAGGCUGAGGCUGGAGGGGGAGGAGGAGGAGGGAGGGAGAGGAGGAGAGGGGCCGGAUACCAUAGCAACCGCCCAGGAGGAGGAGGGGAGUCGUCGCCGGAGACGGAGGGCGGCGGUGACCUUUAACCCCAGAGUCCUGGCCCAGCAGCUGUUGCAGGUCCUACAGGAGUAGGUCUGAUGGGGUCAGGGGGUCAGGGGGUCAGGGGUCAACCCCCAGUCCUUCAGCAACGCUCACCCGUCACGUCCUGCAGCGUCAUUUACCCUUCAUCAUCGAGACCCAAACAUCAUGUGUUCAUUUAGUGUUGAUGUGAUGUAACCGCAGAGCAAUGGGAGAGAGAGGGGGAGGGAGGGGGAGAGAGAGAGGGGGAGGGAGGGAGGGGAAAAGAGAGAGGGGGAGAGAGAGAAGGAGAGGGAGAGGGGAGAGAGGGGGAGGGGGAGAGAGAGAGAGAGAGAGAGAGUGAGAGAGAGAGAGAGAGAGAGAGAUAGAGAGGGAGGGGGAGAGAGAGAAGGAGAGGGAGAGGGGAGGGGAGAGGGGGAGAGAGAGAGAGAGAGUGAGAGAGAGAGAGAGAGAGAGAGAGAUAGAGAGGGAGAGGGAGAGAGAGAGGGAGGGGGAGAACGAGGGAGAGAGGGAGAGGGGUGGAGAGGGAUGGAGAGGGAGAGGGGUAUAACUAAAAGUCCAGUGUGUUGCCGUGGUAACAGGACAUGUGCUUAGUGGAUGUGUUGGAUGUAAAGUGUUUCCAAAAUAAAGGCGCGACCUAAAGUUCA